AUUCAGGUCAGGGACAUUGAUACCCGUAACAUUCUUGUAGAGUUUGCUUCGUUCCCCCCAUACCAUCGGACUGAAGCGUCCCCCCGGCGUAGCAAACUCUGCCGAGCUACCCUUGAACGUGUCAGAUAUACCUUUAUGGCGCCAUCUAUCGUCCUCCAGCGCUCGUCUAGCAUCGGAAACUCCUCCACGUUCCGUCUUGAUAGCGGGAGGAACACGGCGUGCAGAUGUGGCACUCCCAGCGGUAGCUCCGGUUUCAGUCAUCGGCGGCGUAGCUUCAGUGUAGCCACCAGCAGCACCGCCGCUGGCGUCAGCGUAACUUCUAACAGUAGUAGCAGCAGCAGCAGUACCCAUCGGUUUCUGGGAUCGGGGUACUCGUUUGGUGGGACGUCUCGUCGCAGCCUCUCAGAUCUCGCCUUUUCCGCGAGUAACCACCGCCACGAAAAAGUCCAUGAUAACUCGCGGGGUUCGUGCGUUCGCUGCGCCGCUUCCAUCGACGAAGCCGCUCACGAGCAUUACAGCCACCGCCAUUUCGCCGCUAGCUGGCAGCGUCAGGCGGAGAGCCAGCCCGGCGCACAGCUAGCUACGCCAGUCGAGACGGAGGCAGCAGAGUCCGUGCAUAGUGCCGGCGUCGCCGUUGUCUCGUCGGAGGUCAGCGGCCUCGCGGCGUCGGCGUCUCUGUCGCAGGCGCUCCUGUCCCGCUCCGCGACUCGUACCGUCGCAUCCGUGGGCGUGUCCGCCAUGUCCGCCGCUCGCCUCCGCCCCUCGAUGCUGCUCCGAAGCAAGGGCGGCGUCGUCAUGGCCGUCGCAUUGGCCGUUGCAGGCAUCGUGACAAUGAUCAGGUCGCACGACCACCAGCACCACCUAGAGUACGACGGCGGCAGCGAGGGCGAGGAGUGCGACGAGUGCGGCGGGUACGGGCUGUGCUGCUGCAGCCUCUGCGGCGGAACGGGCGCCAUCCGCUGGGAGGGCAAGUACGAUCGCAAGGACCCGUGCCCCGCGUGCGUUGGGGAGGGCUGCGCCAAGUGCCCGAAGUGUGGCUCGUCGCGCCGGAACAAGGCCGUUCCGCCGAUCGUGCUGGAGCGGCGAGUGUUCUAGACGCGCAGGGCGGCUUCGCGUGAAGGAAGGAGAGGAUUUGGCGAGGCUCUCGAACCAUGGGCAUUGAACGCGGCGAGUGUAAUUAUUGCAAGGCAAUCCGGCUCCGCGGAAACGGGAGGCAGACGCCCUUGCUCAAGUGCCUGGGUUCCGAUGGGCUUGGCCGCGACUUUGGAUGUGAAACGGUAGCUUCGGAUGGAUGGGGUGCGAUGGCGAAUGAUCCGCGUGUAGCAUCAUCUGCUGUCAGGAAACAGCGCAUCGUGUGGUCUGGAUCGACUCAGUUUCUCCGCUUUCGGCUGCUGAUGAUGAUCCCUGAGUUUUGUGGAAGAGAACGACCUCCCCUUCUGAUGGAGAGGGUGGGGCUCUUGAGACAGAGAGCUGCAUUGUCUACAGGGUUUUUGAUCUUUAAUGAGUGUAUAUACAGCUCUCUGGCUCGCUGCAGUCCCAAUAUAUGCCAUGUGCCUCACAUCACAUGGUCUGGGCUGGCUUCAGUGUACCUGCUGAAGGCGGUCUCUACAAUGUCUAGCUAGCAGUGUGCCUGAACUUAGGGUGGUUGAACGUUUGUAGUGGUUGUGAUUGACCUGUAAAUGAGCGUUCUUAUCAAAAGCAAGG